GCGCCGUAAAGCAGGAGGCGGGCGCCGGAAGUGCUCUUUGCCGAGCUCCGCCGCGUCUCCCGAGUGCGCUGAGGCGCCACUUGGUGGGGUUUCGCGGCGUACGCCCUGGACCCAGCUGCUACCAUGAGCCGACACAGCCGGCUCCAGAGGCAAGUUCUGAGCCUGUACCGCGAACUGCUGCGCGCCGGGCGUGGGAAGCCGGGGGCCGAGGCGCGCGUGCGGGCCGAGUUCCGGCAGCACGCCUGCCUGCCACGCUCUGACGUACUGCGUAUCGAGUACUUGUACCGCCGCGGGCGGCGGCAGCUCCAGCUGCUGCGCUCAGGCCAUGCCACGGCCAUGGGCGCCUUCGUGCGUACGCGUGACCCGACCGAGGAGUCCUGCGGCGCCGAGGCCCCAGGGACCCCGCCUGGUGAAGGUCCGAAGAGACCGCUGGACAGCAUGGGGGCACCGGGUACCCCGUCCAGUGAACGGUGACCGGCUAAAGGGCUCGCUCGAUGGCUCAGGGGAACUGGGGGGCCCGCCUGACUGCCUGGGAGGCCCAGGAAACCCGCUUGAUGGAAAGUGAAAGGGCUUGAGAGACUGGAUCGACAAAUUGGGGGAGUUGCAGAGCCCUCCUGGCAACGGGUCAGAUGGCGAGAGAUGCCUGACCUUGCCUGCUCACGGCUCGGGGCGGCCUGGGUCGCCCGCUGACUGGACUGUCUGGCUGAGAGCUACUUAUCCCAAGGCCUGGGGAGCCGGACUCCCCGCUGUUGGACGGAAAAAGACCGAGACGCCUUCUCUUGACGCCUGAGAACAUAUCACUCCUGGUUCCUCAAGGAGACUCUCUCCUGGAUUUAACUCUUAGAAGAGCAGACUUUUUGCUGAGGAGUUUGGGAAGAUGUCCUGGUGGACGGUGAGAAGCCUGGAAUCCUCCUUAAGAAAAAUCUUUCCCCCGUUGUUACAGACUGGGACCAGUAGAGAGAAGGAGCUAGGGGUCUUUCACCCCAGUUAAUCAACUAAAGACCCCCGUCGAGACCUCUACGUCAUGGUUCUGAGGGGACCCCCAACUCUUGCUCCUUUCCUUGCUCAGGGCCACUGGACAAAGGGAAUAAAAUGGGGGAUGUGCUUACUUCCCUGUUGAUGAUCUUAAA